AUGAUGCACGCCGGAGAACUCAUCUUGAGCCAUUCGUUGGCUUUCGCAGCCUCUGCCUUGUCGUUGCUGGUCGUGGCUUUCUUCCUCAAGCGCUAUCUUCGCCUCCGCCACAUCCCAGGCCCGUUCCUUGCCGCGUUGACAGAUUUUUGGUUCACCUAUAGAUUCUGGACAGGCACAAACUUUGCUCAGCUCACCACGGAAUUGCACCUCAAAUAUGGGCCCGUGGUGAGGCUGGGGCCAAACCGGUUGAUCUUCAGCAAGGCGUCGGCGAUUCCUGUGAUAUACAGGACGACUGAUGUCAUGCCAAAGUCCUCGUUCUAUCUCCCAUUCCGAGUCAUGAUCCGGGGCCGUGAAAUCACCUCUUUCAUCAGCAUCCUCGACGAGAAGCGAAUGAGUGCCGUCAAACGUCUUCUGCUGGGCAAUUUCACCAUCAAUUCCUUCCUCCGACAAGAGUCGGAGCUCGACCAUACAAUCUCCUCGCUGGUCAAAUACCUCGACGAUACCAAAACCGACGUCGCAAUCGGCACCACGCUGGGGUAUUGGGCUUUUGACACCAUUUCGCGCGUCGCCUUGACCGAGGACCAAGCCUUCUUGAGCCAGCAACAGGACUUUGGAAACACGAUCGCGGGCGCUGCCGAGCGCAUCACGCACCAGCAAUACUGGGGACCCAUGCCAACGUUGGAACGGUGGCUGUUCAAGAACCCCAUCAUGCAAAGAAUGGAGAAAUCGUCGAUGCUGGGCGCCCUUGCCGCGCAGAGGUUGCAGAAAAGAUUGCGCGAAGAAAAGGACUUGGACAGCGAGCUCGACCUCCUGGGAAAAUAUCUGGCGGCCAGUCGAAGAGCCCCCGAGCUGAUCAAGACCAGUGACGUAGUAGGCUUCCUGGUGUCGACGAUGCACGCCGGGAGCGAGACUAUUGGACAGACUACGGCUAGCAUCCUCGUAACCCUAUUGCGGCAUCCAGACAAAAUGGAGAAGCUGGAGAAGGAGAUCCUCUCGGCAUCGCUAAGUGACUUACCGCAGUUCUCUGAGGUGCAGAGCCUUCCCUACCUAGAUGGUGUCAUUCGGGAGUCUCUUAGGCUGAACAGAUCUGGCUCGGGCAUCCUGGAACGGACAGUCCCGGAUCCUGGGGCCACGAUCGACGGCGUUUGGGUGCCUGGCGGCACUGAUGUCUCAGUUAGCACGGCGGCAUUGAGCAGAGACGCUGACGUAUUCGGGGCCGAUCCUGAGCGAUUCAUACCAGAGCGAUGGAUCGGGCUCAGCGACGAGGAGGUCAAGCGGAUGGAUCACGCGGAUCUCAGCUUCAGCACCGGACGGCGGAUUUGCAUUGGGCGUAAUCUGGCUAUGAUCGAAAUGAAAAAGGCAGUGGCGCGGCUAGUCAAGACUUUCAAGGUGACGCCCACCAAUCCCAACGAUAACCUUCAACCGAUCGUGCGGGGGUCCAGACGACCAUUCUACAACACAAAGCUGGAUUUCCGAAGACGAGGGGUAGAGUUCGUGGAGGAGAAGAUGGUAGCUUGA